AUACUGAUCCGGUGAAGAAAACAACAACCAAAACUAAAAACCUCGAGAGUUAGGGUUUUGCACAUUUACAGAGCUUGGAAGUUCGUACAACAAAAAGCGGAAGAGAUGUGGAGGUCAAUAGCAGCAAGGUCCAGGCAGGUGGUAGCACGGGAGUUCUGUGCGACCCAAAUUAACCAGGUUCUAUCUGAAACUCAAAAACCUUUCCAUUCCUUCCCUAAAACCUCACUCUCUCGAAUCCAUCGUUUCUUCUCUCAUUUCUCUGCAAAUCCAAGUGAUGAUUCAUCUCUGGGUUUUUCAGAAAAUGGGGAUUCCCAGUUGGACAGUUUUUCCAUUGGGAUUGAGACUAAUGCCAUGGAAGUUCCCUCUUUUGAGGGUUUUGAUGGUGAGGAGACCCAGAUUGACAGUUUUGUCCCUGGAGGUGCCAAAAAUGACAUGGAAGAAGAGACCCAAGUUAAUGAGAUUGAUUGUAACAAGUUAGAAAAUGUGUUGUCUUUGUUGCAAAGUAGAGUUGAUGGGUCUUUGGAGUCAAGUCUUGAUGCUAUGGCUUUAGAUUUGCAUGAAGAUUUUGUUGUCAAAGUUCUUGAGACUCCAUUUAUUUUAGGUGAAAAUUUGAUCAGGUUUUUCAAGUGGGUAAUGGAAAAACCUGGGUGUAGAGUGACUACCUCUGUUGUCGAUUCCCUUGUUAAAGUUAUUUGCAGUGAUCUUAGAAAGAAGAAUGCUUACAAUUUAUGGGAUUUGGUUAAGGAAAUUGGGGAGAAAGAGAAUGAGGUUUUGACUGUGGAUGUUCUUAAUGAGUUGAUUGCUUUGUUUUCGAAGUUGGGUAAAGGAAAGGCAGCGAUGGAGGUGUUUGAUAAAUUUGGGGAUUUUGGUUGUGUCCCGAAUGAGGAAACUUAUUAUUUCACCAUUGAAGCUCUCUGUCGACGGUCUUUUUAUGAUUGGGCAUGGUCCGUAUGUGAAAAGAUGCUUGAUAGGGAGAGCUUGCCAGAUGGUGAGCAAGUGGGAAAGAUUAUAUCUUGGUUUUGUAAAGGGGGUAAGGCUAAGGAUGCUCACACUGUUUAUUUGUUGGCUGAGGAGAAAAACAAGCAGCUGCCCCAGUCUUCUGUUAAUUUCUUGAUCAUUUCACUCUGUAAGAAGGAUGAAACAGUGAAAUUAGCUUUGGAGAUGUUGGAUGGCUUUUCUGGAGAAGCAAGGAAGUAUGCAAUCAAGCUGUUCUCAUCUGUUGUUCAUGGUCUGUGUAGGAUGAAGAAUGUUGAUGAAGCAAAAACAUUGCUUCUGAAAAUGAUCGCUCAGGGCCCACCCCCUGGAAAUGCAGUUUUUAAUUCAGUUAUCCAUGGCUAUUCAAAGGGAGGGGAUAUGGACAAAGCAAAGGAGAUGAUAAAACUGAUGGAGGAGAGGGGGUUGAAACCUGAUGUUUACACAUAUACUGUUGUGAUGAGUGGUUAUGCAAAUGGUGGCCAGAUGGAUCAGGCUCUUGAAAUGUUAUUAGAAGCCAAGGAAAAGCAUACGAAGCUGAGUCCGGUGACUUAUCACACUCUAAUUCGUGGAUACUGCAAAAUUGAAGAGUUUGACAAGGCGUUGAAGCUUUUGGCUGAGAUGAAGGAUUUUGGGGUCCAACCUAAUGUUGAUGAAUACAAUAAAUUGAUCCAGUCUCUUUGCUUGAAGGCUUUAGAUUGGCAAACAGCUGAGAAACUACUCAAUGAAAUGAAGGAGAAUGGCUUGUAUCUUCCUGGAAUCACCCGAGGUCUUAUACAGGCAGUUAAGGAGCUGGAAGCUGAGGGAGCGGACAGCAGGGAAGCAGCCACUGAAGUUUAAAUCUUUGCUGAUUUUAGGAAAUGGAUGUAACAUUCAGAUGUUCAACGUUAAAUUUUUAGCCUUCCCCCCUUUUGACAUUAAGUUGAUGUGAGGCCUGUGUCAAUUUCUUUGUUGUCAUCUAUAUGCAUCUAUUUACAUGAAUCAAUUGAGACAAUGUUUUUUGUUUUGGGGGAUGCAUUUUUGGGUUCUUUAUACUUUACAUUUGGAAGGCAAACUUCCUUGUAGAUUUUUUUUUCUCUUUCUUUUUUCCUCCACAAGUGAGAAUAAGAAGACAGUGGUUCAACAUGUGUCGAUUUAUAUUUGAAGUUCAUUACUAUUUUUUAUUGUACCCAUUUGGUUGUUUUGUUUCUUCCCUUAAGAGUAUAGUCUAGGAUUAAGUGGUUGGAAUAGCUUAAAUUUACUGGUUUGUUUAGUUUUUUUAUCCUUUCUCUCAGAACCACGAUCCACUGUGUUUACAAUCAGAAAUCAGGCUAUAAUGGCACAAAUAGAUUCAUUUUCAGCUGUUCAGAGGAUCUCCUGAUUGUGACAUUUACUUAAACUGACUGCCAUUUGAUGAUUCUAACAGUAAGGCAUUAAUUUCGAAAAUAUUGAAUCGUGGAGAUAAGCAUGCCUAACAUUACCUUGAUAUUUAUGUGGCGUGCUCUA